AGGUGACAUUGUCAGAAACGAAGUCGUAGUUAGUAGUUUUCAUUCGCCCACAGACACAUCAGAAGCUGAGAAAAAUUGUAAAAUAAUAAAACUAAAAAUCGGAAGUUUGAAAUCAGCGUAGAAACUUUCGUGUCAAUUUAGAGGUAGUGAGGUAGAUAGAAACCAUUAGCCGCCGCCACAUCAUGAACACCGCAGAAGAAGAAGUCUGCAGCAACAACUCGAUUGGCUCCAUCCAGAGCCGGGACAUGGUCGUAUCCCCGUCCCAGUUCGUGACCAGCUCGCCCGAGACUGGACGGAUACGCUCGACCAUGGAGUCUCCAAUGAAGGUUCGCGACUUGGUCAACGUUUAUAACUUAGCCACAGAGAAGAACCAGGAGCUGGAGCAGGCCAAAUCCAUAUACUUUGGCUCCCGCUCUGAAGCCGAGCAGCUCCAGAUCGAGGGCUGCCCUUUAUCGCCGGAUGACAAGGACAAGGGAGGUAGCUUCCGCACAAACUCCGCGGAGGGAGAGAGCUUUCUACGUUCGAACGGCAACGAAGAGAGUUCUGCCAACUGCUCCGUGGAGAAGUCCUAUCAGAGCAAGACUACUAUUCGCCGCACUGAUCAUGGUGUGCGCAUCAUUAUUGACAUUUUCUUCGACAAGAAGGAAAGCGAUAUCGACAUUGUGGGCAGCCGCGUCGAGACGGACAUCCCCGAGAGCCGCAUCCUGGCCGAUUUUCAGCAGCACUCGCUGGCCAUGCAGAAGCGGGAGUAGGAGCGUGGAAUCCACGACCACAACAACCAGCAACAAACGACCCAUAAUUAGAAUCAUCAGACAAGAGCUCCAGCUUCUUAGCUUAGCUUAGCCGCUCCAAUCCAUUUAGUUAGUUAGUUAGAUUGUUAGUUAACCAGGAGGCAGGAUUAGUUAGCCAGGAUAGCCAUAGCCAAUAGCCAGCAAAACAUCACAAAAUUUCAUGUUGCAACGUAGGAGCGGCGUUUAUGAUAUAUGUUUUAUUUAAUUUUUUGACAACAGCAUACCAAAUAUAUGACAAUAAUAAACCAUC